GCCCGAAACGGCCCUGGAGCUCGGAGCGCCGCGCGGGAGCGGCGCGAGCCCGAGGGGGCGGGGAGGCGGGCGGGCGUGCGCGCGCCGGGCGUGGGUGUGGGCGUGGGUAAGUAGAGCGGGCGCGGCGGGAGCGCGGGGCAGAGGAACGCUGGCUACCCUGGACAGCGCAUCUUCGCCCGCCGGGGUCGCCGCGCCUCAGCGGAUCAUGGAGCACCUAAAGGCCUUUGAUGAUGAAAUCAAUGCUUUUUUGGACAAUAUGUUUGGACCUCGAGAUUCCCGAGUCCGAGGAUGGUUCAUGUUGGACUCUUACCUUCCCACCUUUUUUCUUACUGUCCUGUAUCUGCUUUCCAUAUGGCUGGGUAACAAAUACAUGAAGACCAGACCUGCUCUUUCCCUCAAGGGUAUCCUCACCUUGUACAAUCUGGGAAUCACGCUUCUCUCCGUGUACAUGCUGGCAGAGCUUAUUCUCUCCAGCUGGGAAGGAGGCUACAACUUACAGUGUCAAGAUCUUGCCAGUGCCGGGGAAGCUGAUGUCCGGGUAGCCAAGGUGUUAUGGUGGUACUACUUCUCCAAAUCAGUAGAGUUCCUGGACACAAUUUUCUUUGUCUUGAGGAAAAAAACCAGCCAGAUUACUUUUCUUCACGUAUACCAUCAUGCCUCCAUGUUUAACAUCUGGUGGUGCGUUUUGAACUGGAUACCUUGUGGGCAAAGCUUCUUCGGACCCACCCUGAACAGUUUCAUCCACAUCCUCAUGUACUCCUACUACGGCCUUUCCGUGUUCCCGUCCAUGCACAGGUAUCUCUGGUGGAAGAAAUACCUCACACAGGCUCAGCUGGUGCAGUUCGUGCUCACCAUCACGCACACCAUGAGUGCAGUGGUGAAACCCUGCGGCUUCCCUCUGGGCUGUCUCAUCUUCCAGUCUUCCUACAUGCUGACGUUAGUCAUCCUCUUCUUAAAUUUUUAUGUGCAGACAUACCGGAAAAAGCCAGUGAAGAAAAUUACGGAAGAGCCACCUGCUGGGAAAGAAGUGAAGAAUGGUUUCUCCAAAGCCUACUUCACCGCCACUAAUGGGGUCAUCAACAAGAAAGCACAGUAAACAUCAAGUGACAGACAAAGCAUAUAUAAUAGCCUAACAGAUUCGCUUGUUUUAAAGCAAAGACUGAAUUGAAAGUUAUAUAUGUUUUAGCAUAAACUAAUUUCUUUUGAGUUUAUAAAUCAUUUGUACCUGGAAUGUAUUAAUAUAUUGCUAUUAGGUUAACCUGUUAACUGAAUGCUUCCGUCAGCACACCACGUCACCUCAGACCUGGUGCAGCUUCUCUGUCCUCCUCCCCACAAACUGAACCCCCUCACCAGAAACUGUCUCUGUAACGCCUUACACACACGCAAAGCCAGGAAACAUGGAGCCUUGUUUUCUGAAGCCAGUCUUCAAAUAAAACGUUUUCUUUAGAUUAAAAUGUUGAAAACAAAAUGUCAAUUACCUUCUAACCACAGGGUCUUCAUCUAUAUUAAGCAAUAAUCACUUAGUCCUUAUUAAGCAAUAACGUCAUCAGUCCAUUUGUCCCAACCCCAGAAAAUAUUAAAACACAGAAAACAGGAAAACCUAGCAAAACUUUGAAGGUAGAGUAGGAAUUUGACAGACUCUAAGUUUCAACUUAGUGAUAUGGUAAUGAAAUUUGUAUUUUAUUUUGACAAUUCCUUUUUCUAAGGAGGAAAAGACCUGCCAAAUCCUCCUAGCUCAGGGGCUUCGGAUAGGAGUCGUUCCUCUGUUUUAUUUUGGUUUCCGUGACUAUUCAUAGAUUCCUGUCUACCUCCUAUGUUAAAUUCCCCCAGGUUAUGUUGUGAACAGACACCCUGCUCAGCUCUGAAAGCAGGAUCUAAAUCUGGCUGCCUCUUUCCUUUCUUAUCAAGGAAUCUUCCCUUUUCCCUAGAAGGAGAAGGCACUGGAAUACUUAUAAGUCAGAGCCGUUGGGGCAAAGCAGAUGUUGAGUUGGCCCGCUACUUCUUGUGAGCCUGCUUGUGGAUAAUACCCCCCAAACACUGCUGUCACUCUUUGUAGGUUAACUUUUUGAAAAUGGGAAGAGGAGAAUGACGCAGAGUCCAGCGCUGAGCCAGGGGCUGGUAAUGAACCUCAAUGAAAAGUGCCAAUUCGGCAAACUCCACACACCCCUCCCCUGCCCAGGUAACAGGCGUUCUCCUGAGAAUAAGCACAAAAGCAGAGAGCAGCAGUAAUGUUUUUUUUUUUCCUAAGUAUUAAACCUUUACUGUUCACUUGCACCAAGAACGGAAAGAGUAGUUUUUGAAGAUGCGAGGAAGAUUUAUACCGGUAAGACUUGCCGCAUUAGAUAUUUUCUUUUUCCUUCCUUCUCUUUGAAACAACUUGUUCAUAACGUUGAGGUCAGAUGCACAAGGGCCAGAAAGGCGCGCUCACCGCUGCCUGGGCCGGUCCGGUCUGUCCAGGGCCGCCUUUCUGUCCUUCUUGGCCCCUCGAUUUCCAGUGUUAAAAUUCUCUUCCCUGUUUAGAAAAAGUGCGGACUCUGGUACGACGCAGACCCCGAUCACGUCUUCUCCCUUCCCGCUCCUGUCCGCUCCCCUCUCCCGACCUGGCCUGCUCUGCCGAAGGCGACGGCCGGGCUGGUGGGCGGGGCAGGCGCGCUGAGCCUGUACACACGUGCAGCGUGCGGGCCCCUGGGCCGUUUUUACCCAACACGCAUUUCUGAUGCCCACUUACUCUGUAUUUACUCUUAUAAAAAGUUGUUGAAAACUGAUUUUUCUAGGGCGCUUCAUCCCCAUUUCCUUCCAUCGCGUCCUAACAGUAUUGCUCUGAGUUUCGUUCUCACCCAGAAACUCGUUCCAAAAGAAGGGCCAGCCUCUGGCCUCUCCUCUGCAGCAAAACACGGGUUGGACUAAGCUCCUCAGAGGAACUGGACUUUUAGGUCCCAAGUGAGGGCUAAAAAUCUGUUUUCAAAGUACAUCCAGGGGGAAAGCGGGACCCAGGGAGAAGCCGGCCCUCACCGGGCGUGCUCCCCGCUCUGUUUACCUGCUGCUUUGCGGCUUCCCUGGACUCGGUACUGGCCGAGAAAGGAGGGAAGCCAUCCUUCAGCAGAGUGACGGAGCCCACCAGCCCUAAGUAGAAGGCAGCGGGAAACCUCUCAAAGGGAAAAACUGGGGUAGUUUGCACUUCCCAGCUCAACCUAGAAGCUUCAGGACCCUGCUUCCCCUUAGGUCUUUAGUUCUAAUCAAACACUUCUAGCCUUAAACCAUUCAAGGGCUGAUACAAAUACACAGAGCUCUGAAAUCUUAGCCACAAAAACUGGAUCAGGUAACUAUUGUAACCAGUCAUUAAGUGUUGAAACUUUAAAAAGCAAAAUGUCUACACUUACUGUGACGUUCUUAAAGCAGUUUAAAAAAAAAAAAAAA